AUGCAGAAUCAGGAUGGGCAUGUGGUGGAAUCUGAAAUGGAAACCGUAUCAUCCAAACAAACCUCCGAAAAUGAUGACUGGGCAAGUUUCAGGGAUGAUGACAUUAUGCAGCAGCAAUCUGCCAUCCUAGCUGAGGAAUCUGGGAAGAUACCUUUCAUUGGUGACAAGGAGCCUCUGUCGUCCUUAGGGGCAGAAUACAAAUCAGGAAACUCAGUGUUGUUGGAGAAAAUUAAGGUUCUUAUGGAACAGUAUGCUGCCAUCAGGCGAACACGUCGAGAUGGAAAUUGCUUCUUUCGUAGCUUCAUGUUUGCUUACCUUGAGCAUAUUUUAGAAUCACAAGACCGUGCGGAAGUUGAUCGAGUGACAGCAAAUGUAGAGGAAUGCCGAAAGACACUUCUCGGCUUAGGCUAUGCUGAAUUUACUUUUGAAGAUUUUUUUGCGCUAUUUAUCGAGCAACUUGAGAUUGUGCUAUCUGGAAAUGAAGCUUUUAAAAGCCAUGAGGAACUUUUGCAGAGGAGUAGAGACCAGUCGGUAUCUGACUAUGUUGUGAUGUUCUUCCGCUUUAUUACUUCUGGUGAAAUAAGAAAGCGCUCAGAGUUCUAUGAACCAUUUAUUCAAGGAUUAACAAAUGCAUCAGUGGAGCAGUUUUGCAAGUCGUCAGUCGAACCCAUGGGCGAAGAGAGUGAUCAUGUUCACAUUACAGCUUUGUCAGAUGCUUUGGGAGUAGCGAUACGCGUAGUUUAUCUCGACCGAAGUUGUGACGAUAAAGGCAGUGUCAGUGUUAACCAUCACGAUUUUGUUCCUGCCAAUGAGAAUAAAAAUAAUACUACUGGUGAUUCUCAGCCACGGAAACCAUUUGUUUGCUUGCUUUAUCGACCGGGUCACUAUGAUAUUCUCUACUCUAAAUAA